AUGGAUGAUAGGUCUUGGAUGCAUGUGGAUAGAAGAUCUCUAGCUUAUGAGUUAGGGGUGGCAAGUUUCUUGAAGUUUGCCAUAGAAAAUGGGAAAGAUUGUAACAAUAUUCCUUGCCCAUGUUGUAAAUGUUGGAAUAUGGAUGACUUUCCAAUCUCUGCUAUUAAGACUCAGAUAUAUUAUAAUGGGGUUGAUGAAAGUUAUAAGAUAUGGAAGUGGCAUGGGGAGAAAGUAGAUACAACAUUGAGUAGUAGUGAAGAUGUAGACUCUUGUUCGAUUGAAUCUGACUCGGUGGAUGGGAAUGUUGGGGCAGAUUAUACUGUAGAGAUGGAUAGGUCUGAUGAUGACGAUGAGUUUUCAUCAGAGUGCAAUGAGUUUAAGGAGUUCGUUGAGGAUGCAAAUAAACCAUUGUACCCUAGCUGCACUCGAUUCACCAAGUUGGGUGUCCUAGUGAAGUUCUAUAAUUUAAAAGCUAAACAUGGAAUGAGUAAUGCUGCUUAUUCUGAUUGGCUGAUUGCUUUCGGGGAGCACCUUCCUGAAGGUAAUGAAAUCCCUACUUCUAUUUAUGAGGCAAAGAAGACUUUGGGGGCAUUAGGGAUGGAUUAUAGGAAGAUGCAUGCUUGCCCUAAUGAUUGCAUUUUGUAUAGAAAACAAUACAUAGAUGAUACCCACUGUCCUACAUGUGAAGUGUGUAGGUGGAAAGUAGGAAAAAAUUCAAAGGCGAGGGAAGGUGUAUCCUCUAAGGUACUAUGGUAUUUUCCACCUAUUCCUAGAUUUCAAAGAAUGUUUCAGUCUACCAAAACAGCUAGUAGUUUAACUUGGCACUCCACUGAUAGACCGAAAGAUGGGCUACUGCGUCAUCCUGCAGAUGCAUUGACUUGGAAAUCAGUUGAUGAGAAGUGGCCUGAUUUUGGUUCGGAGGCAAGAAACCUUAGGCUUGCACUAUCAUCAGAUGGCUUUAAUCCUCAUAGUUCUUUAAAUAGUAAAUACAGUUGUUGGCCUGUUAUUCUUGUCAACUACAAUCUUCCUCGGCUUUGUAUGAAAAGAAAAUACAUGAUGCUAACGUUGUUGAUUUCUGGGCCUAAACAACCUGGAAAUGACAUCGAUGUCUAUUUGGAACCAUUAAUUGAUGAUUUGAAGGUUCUUUGGGAGGGAGUACAAUGA